AUGCAAUUCGCUCAUAACUCAAGUAUUCAGAAACCAACACCACCAGAUAAGGGAAGUUUUCCUCUUGAUCAUGAUAGUGAAUGUUCUAAACCAAUGUUGGCAUAUGUAAAUUGUUUAAGUGAAAAUAAUGGUUUAUCAAGAUUUUGUAUGGAAUUUUCAAAAGAAUAUUUAAAAUGUAGAAUGGAUAAUAAUUUAAUGGCAAAAGAAGAUAUGGAUAAUUUUGGAUUUGAAGAAGUUAAAAAAGCAAAAAUUGUACCAGCACCACAUUACAAUCCAAAUGAACCAAUUGUAGCAGGUUUAUCAAGAAGAAAAAGAGAUUAA